AUGAUUGCUCUUGUCUGCCUAGCUGCAACAUCAAAACUUCGAUCGCAUUUUCCGUUUUGUUGCUGGGACUUCCGGCCCACCGUUUAUUCCCAGGACGAUGAUUACGACGAUCAUAAACGGUCAAUAGCGAAAAAUAAACCACUACACGAACUUCAUGCAAAAGGAUCACAGUAUCGUGGACUUCAACCAAGUAAUUGGAAACAAGCUUUUGAAAGUGUAAAAGAAGCUGUAGAAAAUUAUAUUGAUAAAGUUUCAAAAAAGGAAAAAUUAGCGAAAAUCUUAUUUCGUGAAUGCAAAACUGAAUUCUUACACUUAGUUGCAGAUCGUAUCAAACAAUUAAGAAAACAACGAGUGAAUUAUCGAGCAUAUAGCUUGCAUAAAUCAAAAUUAAAACAACAAUAUAUUAUAGAUCAGUUGAAAGCUUGA